CAACAGAGACAGAGGCGGCAGUGAAGGAUCAACUCUCGAUCUAUCGAACAAGCAGCGCGCGCCGCCGUAUAUGCCAGUCCGGUGCCAGCCGUUCCCCACGUUCAGUCCGCGCGUUCCCCGUGCGCACAGAGGAACAGCGGAAUUUCAUCGGGAUCGCUGCCGCCGCCACCGCCGAGUGUUCCUCCGUGAUGGUGGCAGUGGAGUGCAGUGCUGUCGUUGAUAGUCGCGUAGCAAGAACAUGGGAAGAUGGCGACAUACCUGAAACGUACGUCAAAGCUGUUCGAUCUGUCGCUGUCGCGGCCCAGCGCGGAUGUGCGACUACGGGAUCUCAUGUGCCCGGUGUGCCGCGGCAUCCUGAUCGAGCCAGUGACGCUGCCGUGCACACAUAACCUCUGCCUGCGCUGCCUGAAGGGCACAUUCGAGCACAACAGUCUGAGUUGUCCCCUCUGCAGGCUCAGGGUGGGCUCGUGGCUGCGCACGGCCACCAAGUCGGAGACUUUGGUGAACCACGGCCUCUGGGAGUUCAUCAGGACGAAAUUCCCAAAGGAGGUCGAGGACAAGCACAACGGCGAGGAGCGGGACCUCGGCUUGGACGCUGAUUUCGCAGCGAACAGGAUACUCAGUGCGGCCGGGGAGAUACACCGGGAGUAUGAGGCACAACUCCAAAUAGCCGAGGAAGAGAUGCGUCGGCAAAGGCAGGCCGAGCAGAUAGCCAGUGAGGCCUUGAUACAGAAGAUUCAGGCAGAAGAGCAGCAUCUGUUGUUUGCGCAGUUGGCGCAGGAUCAAUUGCUAGCCAAAACCUUGGCGAAGAAGCAGGUAGCGGAGAAACAGAAGGAGACAGCCAAGUGUUACAACUCGGCUACAGCCGAGUGCUUGAAGACGUCGUCGGUGUCGGUGAGCUAUGCGUACGACAUGUCCAGGUUUAACCAGGUUAAGGCCACGCGUGUAAAUAAUGUCGAAGCGUCACAAAGUGAAAGCGCACACGUGGAUAACAAGAGGACGAGUCUUCCCGAUUCCACCAGAGACAACUCAGAGUCACGACGGACGAAUAUGGCGUUGUUGUCGAAGAUUUGCGCAGAGAGAUACUGCAAAGUGAAGACAAACACGUCCAACAGCUACAAGAACUGUUGCCCGAAGCAGUUGGCCGCUUACAAUACUAUGUCAAAGUCGUUCAAGCACCAGGCGGUACCCAGGUACAUCCAGCCGUGCACCUCGAAUUAUCCGAUGGAUCCCGGGUGCUCCACGUCGCAAGCUUACGCCACGGAGACCAAGGAAGAAUUGCGCGUGCCGAGCGACGUAGUGAAUAGCAAGAAGAAGAGCCUAGGGGUAGAAGUGUGCAGAACACACGGGUCGCUUGGCCCGCACCGGACCGACGACGACGAGAGGAUAGGGAGCGCGGAGAGCUCGGGCAGUCACGACAGCAUUAAUCAGGAGAUCCAUCACUUCAAGCCGAUCAAGACGGUGCCGAGGACGUCGUUUAAGAUUUCCGCAGAUGGAAAGCAGAUAGAUCCAAAGUUGAUCCGAGUGGUUCCUAUCAUGAAGAGGGUGAUCAACGUGAUGCUGAAACCUCCAUCGCCGACGCACUUCAAACGGAUCAUUGGAUGUUCCUGGAGCGCCUUCAGAGGCAAAGCAAGGCAGGACGCACGGGAGAAGCAAGCUGCGCACAAUGUAGAUACGGAUACGUCGGCACCGAUCGAUCAGAAGCCGUCGACGUCACUCAACCAGCCCCAGACGGUUUCGAGCAAGUCGACGAAGCCGCAGACGAAUGACGCUCGACUCGACUUUAUCCUCGAAUCAUCGUUCGACAGCAACAAAAAUUAUACGAAAAGCGUAAACAAGAUCGUCAACGGCACUAAAGUGAGCAAAAAGCUGUCGCUGGGCGACGAGUCGGACAUGAGGACGACUCGUAAGUCCUGGCGGACGCGCGUGAGAAACGGUAUGGUGGCCAAGUCCAAACGACAUCGAAACGUCAGGUAUUGUAAAAAGGGCGCCGAGCUCAUCUCAGACGUGAAAGAGCAAGACGAGGAAAUAGAGGAGGAGGGGGAUGAGGAGGAAGAGGUGGUGAUAGUCGAGGAAGAGGAGGAAGAAGAGGAGGAGAAGCAGCGAGAGCGGGACGAUGAUCCAAGGGGUUUCAGUUGGUCGUGCGGCAAAACGAGUCCGCAAAACGACGAGCGGAACGGCAAGGAUGACGUAGCUGUCGAAAAUAUAGCCGAGCGGAUUAAGAAGAGGAAAGUGAGCGCGGAAAAAAAGACGUCGAAGCCGACAGACGCGGAGCUCGACACGUCGUCGUCGUCGUCGUCGAAAAGGAGUACGAGGAAGAGAGCAUUAUCCGAGAGGAGGGACAAGAACUCCGCAGCUGAGGAUGGAGUCAUCGUAGCACCGUCGUCUCGGGAGAACGCGAAACUUGACAGUGCCUCCGCGUCGAAGCGGCGGAGACUACACGGGACCUCUCGGGGCAACGCGGAGAAGAGCGAGUCGUCGACGAACGCGACGAUCGGUAAAGCGGUUCUAUCCAAGAGAUCAGCGCGAACCGCGAGUUCGACGAAGAUCUCCAGGGCAGCAGCCGGCAGCGAGUCGAAUGGCACGCGCGACAGGUAUAACAAUGGCAAGUUCAAUUACGAUUCACCGCCGGAGUCUUGCGACGAGACGGAGGAGUGCACUUCGGAGAGCAGCAACGUCGCCAUCGGGACUCGCGUGGACGCGAAGCACGAGCGUCUCUCGGACGAGGAAGUGAUCAAGGAGCAGCAACGGAUCGAGCAGGUCUUGCUGCAGGAGCGGGAGGAUUACGAACUGGCGCGCCGCUUGCAGGCCAAGUUUGACGAGUUGGAGCAGGUAGCAAGGCGCACCAGACGUUCGAGGAGAGCCGUCGAGGACACGGAUUUCGACGCGGUGGAGUUGCGCGAGGUCACCGCGGUCAGGACAGUUCGUAAGACGAGAUGCGCGAGCCCCAAGCCGUCGCUCGUCGUACGAACCGCGAAGACCGUGUCCAAGAAGAAGCGCGGCAGGCCUCCGAAGCGCGUGAAAUAAGACGAGAUGCGUGCGCGAUAAUCGUUUGAAGAGUACGCGCGAGAACCCUCCAUUUUUGGAUGUUCCUAUGAGCCGGGUGUGAAGAUUACGAAGAGAAGGAGAAACAAGAAAAAAGAUAGUAGAGGUGGUAGUAGUAGCAGUAGUAAUAGUGGUAGAAGAAGAAAAAGAAACGAAAUAAGAAGAAAAGAGAAAUCAUAAAGAAAUAAAGAGGAAGGAGAAGAAGAAGAAGAAAGAGAAGAGGGUUUGGUUAUUGCGACUUUGUACAAUGUUUCGCGUGUUUGGAAAAUGCAACAAAACGAAUCGAGCAAUCGGUUGCGUGGUGUCGAAUGCGUACCUGGUGUACAUCGCGAGAGUACACGUGAAACGGUCUCGCGGCAAUUUUUCAGAUUGUUAUAAACGUCGUUCCCGGUGUCCACGUGAUUGUAACGUUGACGCGCGUCUCCCUAAGCGCCGUCUUUGUUCCUAACGCGCGUUGUUCCCGCGCGUUUUCAAGAUAGCGACGGAGAGGCGUGCGCUUUUUGCGGUCGUAUACAUAACGACAGAUUCUUUGGCCAAGCAGCAGGUUGAUCUUGGUUUGACUAAAAUUCAUGGUAGACCAGAGUUUGUGCUACAAUUCAGAUACGAAUCAUCCAGCGUGUAAUGCAGAUUCUAUUGCUCAUUCAAAACUGAAGAGGCUUUAUUUUUACAGAGAAUUUUUAUUUGAUAUAUAAAUAUUCAUAUACAUAUAUAUGCGUGUGCGUGUGUGCAUAUUUUUAAUGAAGAGCUGCGACGCAGAAUUCGCAAGGUUCCGCGCGCGAGAUCCGUCAAAGAAUCUGUUGAAAUCGAGAUCGGUGCUUCUGAGACAUCCCGUGUCCAUUUUUAUUCAUUCAUAGGCUAAUAGAAAUGAGAUACUCUCCCCACUUUUUACAAUCAAAACAGCGUGACAAUAGAAUGAACGAGAUGUGUUGUUAAAUUCGGCCAAGCGUGGUACAGGCGUGCGCACGUCCCUAAUCGUGACAAGGAGAGAGAUGUAUGUGCGAGAUUGAAAUUGUAGUUUUAUAUACAGCGGUUACACUUAUUUUGUAAGAAAGCUUGUCCAUUUAAGUAGGCUUAUAGAUCGCUACUUGUUGCAGCAGUCCCGUAAGAUUUAUAAUAACUAUUAUAUGCGCGAGUUAAUUAGCUUCUUUCUUUUUUCUUUUUUUUUUCUUUUCUUUUUUCUUCUGUGAAAGUUCGAUUCGCCGACAUCCGGUCCUUGGCGCUUUCUCGAGCGACGUCAAUCGCAUCAUCGAUCAAGGACCGACCGUUGAGCCUCAUUGUUAACGCAAUUUCCAUUGAGAACUAAUGAACGUUGAACGUUAGUCGGAGACGGAGUCAUUGGAGAUUUUCGACCGAUCCUUCGCUCCUUCCCGAGCGCGAAAGCGGCAAGGGGCGGGGAAUUGUAUGACGUUAUCUCAGUUGUCGCGAUUAAUCGCAACGUUCGCGGGAACGACUCUAUGUGUAAAGUUUGUUACGUGACAUUUAUAUAGAUUACCGAGCGAGAGAAAGGCAUGUUACAAGUGAAUCGUGUAUUAGCGUUAUAUGAAGAGAGAGAGAGAGGGAGAGAGAGAGAGAGAGAGAGAGAGAGAGAGAGAGAGAGAGAGAGAGAGAGAGAGAGAGAGAGAGAGAAAAACUAUAUGUUUGAUAAGAUCCGCUUGAUAUCUCGCGAUAAUUGUCUACUGUCAGCUUCGACGGCCUUGAUUAUCGUAUCGCAAUCGAAUUACUUGUUACAAAUUAAGCGUUGUACUAAGAGAUUUUUGCACGCGCGCGGACACACACUCGGCGUGAUCAUAUGCAUGCGGAUUUCCGCCGUGGUGUUCCUUUCGCGCGGGAUUCGACGGGACUCGCACACUUGUUGACGACUGUCGCGGAUUGCAGUUCCUUUGGCGUAGUUCCGUUUCUGCUGGUAGGUCUCGAAUUCUCUCCUGUUGUGUGCUUCAUCAUACACAACACACACAUACACACGUUAUAUAUUAUAUAAUAUAUAAUACACACAUGUAUUGCAUAUCAUAUAA